AUGAACCUGGGCUAUGCAGUAGUUCUAUUCAAUGCUAUAUUCAUUGCAUUAGUGAAUAGUGCAGUUAUUGUGGAAGAUGGUGAUGUAGAUCAACAAGGACUUUAUAGUAAGUCUGAUCAUGUUGACAUAUUAACAAAUCGUAAUUUUGCAAGGAAAAUUUAUGGGCAGAAUCAUGCAAUUGUGGCUCAAUUUUACAAUAGCUAUUGUGGACACUGUCGAGCAUUUGCUCCCAGAUUUAAAACCAUGGCAUCUGAAAUGAUGAAUUGGAGAAAUAUUAUAAAGUUAGCUGUUAUUGACUGUUCUGUGGAAGAAAACAAUGAAAUUUGUAGACAGUUCGAAGUAAUGGCUUAUCCAUCGUUACGCUAUUUGCAUGAGAAUUAUGUCAAAGGAAAUGGUAAUGUUGGUGAUAAGAUACAGUUAACUGACACACUUGAAAAACUUAAAGCUCAAAUAAUCACAAAAAUGCAAAAUGAUCAAACCAUUGGAAACUUAAAAUUUGCACCUUCCUUUGUUAUUGAAUCCUUCAAAGACUAUGCAUCUGCUGUUAAGAAUGUACCUGCCAAUGUUCAAUAUACAUUUCUUGUAUUGGAAAAUGAUAAUUCCACAUUAGGGUCUGAACUAGCUUUAGACUUAAAUGAUUACCCUAAUGUUAAAGUAAAAAGGGUGAAUGAAGCUAGUGAAAUUGCAGAGCUGGCGAACAUCAAACAGUUUCCUGGACUUAUAGCUAUUAGCUCUACUUUAGAGUCUACUACUCUUGUGCCCAAAGAGUACAGUAAGUUGGGAUUACUAAAAGCAAUUAAUUCUUUCUUAAAAUCUAAAAACUAUGCUUUUCCUGUGCGUGAUCAUGAUAGUCAAGAAAUACCCACUAAUGACCACUCCAAUGAGAAACCUGUGACUAUUAAUACUGAUCUUGUAUAUUAUAGUGACUUGGAGAAAACUAUUAAAACAAGUUUACAUACUGAAAUCACAAGAUUUAAGACAUUGACUGGCGAGGCUCUGCAAGCGCUCUUAGACUAUCUAGAUGUAAUCAUGGUCUCAUUUCCUUUUAGAGCAAAUCUUAAAGAGUAUAUCACAGAAUUACGUACUACUCUUGCAUCAAAGAAUAGUUGGGAAGGUGGCGAAGUGUAUGAGGUAGUUAAAAAUUUGGAAAUAAUACAUGCACCUGUAUAUAUAACCAAUUUAGAAUAUGUAAGGUGCAAAGGUAGCCAGCCUAAAUUCCGUGGAUACACUUGUGGACUCUGGACACUAUUUCAUACUCUAACUGUAAAUGCUGCUCAAAAACCUGGUACAGAAAGUCCAAAAGUUUUAAAAGCUAUGCAUGGUUAUGUGAAGAACUUUUUCGGAUGCACAGAAUGUGCUGGACAUUUCCAAGCAAUGGCAGCAAGAAAUAGAAUAUUUGAUGUGAAGGAAAAUGACAAAGCGGUACUUUGGCUAUGGAUAGCACAUAAUGAAGUAAAUCUUAGGUUAGCAGGAGAUACCACUGAAGAUCCUGAGCAUCCAAAGAUCCAGUUUCCAAGUGUCGCCAGGUGUGCUGAAUGCAGACUAGCCAGAGGUGCCUGGAAUCUACCAGCUGUAUACCAGUACCUCCAAAAUGUUUACGGUGCUGCAAGUAUCCAAUCCAUGCGACGUGCAAGGUCAUCUGCAGCACCUUCGGUCCCAUUCUCCAAUUUGGACAUCGGAAUGCUAAGUCUCCUGUACAUAUUAUCUUUCAUUAUUCUUAUUUUAGUUAUUAAAUAUUUUCUCUCUAAACGUUACAAAAAAAGGUUUUACAAACAUGGACGGGGUAAAGUAUAA